GAUGCCGUAACGUUCCUUCGAACGGAGCAAAAAGCCUGCUAUGGUUGGGGAUUGUCUGGACCGCACACUCGCAGCAUUUCUUUGCACGAGCAGCCUGUAGCGAUUGUGGACGAGAAUGCCAUAGCUGCUCCAGAAAAGGAUGAAACCCUGUGGAAGGCAGUAACAGGUUGUCGACGACGUUAUCCGGCUGGAAGUCAACGUCGAAUGGUUUCACCAUGUCCUCAGAUCAGUAUACCGCGAAAUGAAAGUCGAAACGAUUCGAUUUUACAAGACUUAGCAGAUUUAUCGAUUCCGGAUCCACUACCGGAAGCAUUCGGAGAUGAUCAAUGA